CACGGCAAGUCGUUCGGUUAGCUAUGUAUGCUAGUUAGCGCUGAAAAAUUUGACACCAUUUAUAUCCAUACGGGCAUAGCUGCAUACCUAAUUGUCUUAAAAAUGUCAGUGUUUAGUCUCUCUGCUAAACGCACAUGCCGUGGCGUGACGUGCUUGAAAAUCACUCGAUACUCUGUAACAAACGUGGAGAACUUCCAUAAAAGAAGACACAGCUGCCUGCCGAGCCACAUCACAAAUGUAACGCGUCUAUUUAGCUCUCAUCCACAUAACUCCAAGGUACCAAAGGUUGCAACAUGGGAACCAGUACCAGAGGACCAACUUCCCCCGCCUGCCCAUAUUCCUACUGAGCUGGUGGACCAGCUGGAGCGACUGGCCUUGGUUGAUUUCCGCACCAAACAGGGCCUGGCCUGUUUGGAGAAAGCUAUACGAUUUGCAGAUCAGCUUCAUGUUGUUGACACGUCUGGGGUUGAACCGAUGGAUUCAGUUCUGGAGGACAGGGCAUUAAACCUGAGAGAAGAUGUAGUGAUGGAAGGGGACUGUGCUGAAAAACUGCUUCAGCUCUCCGAAAACACAGCUGAAGAAUAUUUUGUGGCACCACCAGGAAACAUUCCACUACCAAAGAGGGAGGAGAGGGCCGCCUUGCUGAAGCAUUCAGAGUUAUGAUAUUAUUAAUAUUUAUUAGUCAUUUUUCAUUUGGGAAGUUGUUGUGAAAAGUAAAAACCUGCUGGUCAUGCA